UUCCCCCUCACAGCACACAGCGGCUCCUUCCAGCGCAGCUCUGCAGCUCAGCGAGCGUUCUGUCACAUUUUCCUGAAAAAUAUAAGCAAUGUUCCAAUUUCAUUCAAAUGCCAGUGAGGCUGCCUUAAAUUCCUCUGGCCAUGGCCCCCAGAAGCCUACAGAGUCGGCCCCAAAUGGAGAAAGGGACAACUCACCAGAGCACUUGGUCCUGGGAGUCAGGAGUCCAGGCUCUUCCUCUGGUCCGGCGGACAGCGGGGUGGUGGAGGAUGAAGGAUACGAGCUGAUUCUCUGGAACAGCCCCGCAGGAGCGCCAUCCCAGCGUCCUACCCGAGACAUGUUGGCAGAUCUGCAGGAGAAGGAAAAGACCCCAAAGAGGCUGAGGCUCCUGCUGGUGGGGAAAAGUGGAAGUGGGAAAAGCGCCACAGGAAACAGCAUCCUGGGCAGGGAAGCCUUCGAAUCCAAGCUCAGCGCCAGACCCGUGACCAUGACCUUCCAACAUGGCUGCCGAGACUGGGAUGGGAAAGAGCUUGAGGUGACCGACACCCCCGAUAUUCUGUCCUCUCGGGUUUCACGGGAAGGGGCAACUCAGGGCCCCUGGGCAGCCAUCGCCUGCUGCACCCCAGGGCCACAUGCAGUGCUGCUGGUGACACAGCUGGGCCGCUUCACAAAGGAGGACCAGGAGGUGGUCAGGCACCUCCAGAAGGUCUUCGGGGUGGGCAUCCUGGCCCACACUGUCCUGGUGUUCACCCGGGAGGAGGACCUGGAGGGUGGCUCCCUGGAUGAGUAUCUACGGGACACUGACAACCAGGAGCUCGCCGACCUGGACGUGGUUUGUGCACGGCGCCACUGUGGCUUCAACAACAGGGCAGAUGGCGCAGGGAAGGAGGCCCAGCUGACGGAGCUCAUGGAGACCAUCCAGGUGAUCCUGUGGGAACACGAAGGCCGUCCUUACAGCAAGGAGGCUUAACCCUUGCUGCCAGCCCCAUGUCCUGCACACAGAAGGG